AUGUCGAUGAAAUCAUCUUAUAGCGUUAAGGAUUUGCUAAAGGAGGGAUCUCGUGGGGUUUCAAUUCAACUAAGCUUGUAUCAUCAUGAUUCAUUCAAGAUCAAGAAGAAGAUGAAACCAAGUGAUUUGGGUAAUUUAUGUAAGCUACUUGCCUCUGCAGAUUUAGUGGAGAAACAUAUCCUCCCUUUCUUGAAUGAGGAUCAAAUUAGACAGGUUGAAGAGGCGAAUCAAGAAAUCAAUGGUUUGAAGGUUUGGAUUUGGGAUAUGAAUAUAGAAAUCUAA